AUGAAAUCAAGACUUCCGCCACUUCCUGCUCUACGAGAUUUCAUUCACAUGUACCGGCUACGCGCAAAAAAGAUUUUAUCACAAAACUAUCUGAUGGAUAUGAACAUUAACAGGAAGAUCGCUAAACAUGCAAAAGUCAAUGAAAAUGAUUGGGUCAUUGAAAUCGGAUCCGGUCCGGGAGGCAUUACAAGAGGAAUUCUGGAAGCAGGAGCAUCAAGACUCGAUGUGGUUGAAAUUGACAACAGGUUCAUUCCACCAUUGCAGCAUCUGGCUGAAGCAGCAGAUUCUCGAAUGUUCAUCCACCACAAAGAUGCCCUUCGAACAGAAAUCGGCGAUAUAUGGAAGAAAGAACCAAAUCGUCCGAGUUCUGUCCCUUGGCAUGACUCAAAAUUACCACAGAUGCAUGUCAUUGGAAAUCUCCCUUUCAAUAUUGCUUCUCCACUUAUCAUCAAAUACCUCCGCGAUAUGUCUUAUAGGCGUGGAGUUUGGGAGUAUGGUCGAGUGCCUCUUACGCUAACAUUUCAAUUGGAAGUAGCGAAAAGACUGUGUUCUCCGAUUGCUUGUGAUACUCGUUCUCGUAUUUCAAUAAUGGCUCAGUAUGUGGCAGAACCUAAAUUGGUUUUCCAAAUUUCAGGUUCAUGUUUCGUUCCACGACCUCAAGUAGACGUUGGAGUUGUUCGAUUCGUUCCUCGGAAGACGCCACUCGUUAAAACAUCGUUCGAAGUUCUUGAAAAACUAUGUAGACAAGUGUUUCACUACAGACAAAAAUAUGUGGAAAAAGGGCUGAAAACGUUGUACCCGCCUGAAAUGGAAAAUGAAAUGGCUGAUGAGUUGCUGAAGAAAUGUCGGAUUGAUCCAACUACAACAUCCAUUAAAUUAGGAAUGGAACAGUUUGCAGAUCUUGCAGAGGGCUACAAUGAGCAGUGUAUCAGACAUCCUGGACUGUUCCUCUACGACUAUACGAACAAACAACACAACCUCGAGAGUCUUUCGAAAGAACAAUACCCUCUACCACCUCCUGUUCCAGUUUUUGAUUCGCCUUCAGACGAAGACAGUGAAUGGUCACUGAGAAACUUUAAUUUGUAG